AUGAGUGGUUUUGAUUCUAGUGUGCCUCAGUGUGCGAAGCUGGUAGACAGCGAGUCUCUGGCCCUGCAGUCGGAAGGAGAUAUUGUGAUUGGAGGGUUGUUCCCUCUGCAUUAUGUGGCCCCUACACCACAGCACAGCUACUCUAGCAAACCUCAGCUCACACCUUGCAGCGGCUUUGACUACAGAGCCUUCCGCUGGAUGAUGACCAUGGUGUUUGCUGUGGAGGAAAUUAACCGUGAUUCAAGCUUGUUACCAGGUGUUAAGCUAGGUUACCUGAUCAUGGACAGCUGUGACCACGUCCACACCAGCAUGCAAGCUCUUUUUUCUUUAAUCAGCCACUCCAAAGCGGUGACAGCUGCGACUUUGCCCUCGUGUCUGGCUGGUUCUCCUGUGCCCGCUGUGAUCGGCCUUGCAUCCUCUUCCCCUACGAGAGCUGUAGCUCACACUCUUGGCCCUUUCAACAUCCCACUGGUGAGCUAUUUUGCCACUUGUACUUGUCUUACUGACAAGCAUGUGUACCCGUCAUUCUUACGGACUGUGCCGAGUGAUCUCUUUCAAGUCAGAGGCCUUGUACAGCUGGUCACUUUCUUAGGCUGGCUCUGGGUGGGAACAAUAGGGACCACGGAUGAUUACAGUCACUAUGGCAUCCAAGCAUUCUCUAACCAGUUUAGACAACAAGGUGGAUGUGUGGCAUUUCAUCUGACUAUCACCAAGUCACCCACAGCAGAUGAGAUACAAGAAAUGGCAAACAGGCUGCAGAGUUCAACUGCAAAGGUCGUGGUUGUCUUUGCAACAGAGGGACAGCUGCUGGAUCUGCUCUUAGAACUGGCUCAGAGAAAUGUGACAGGGAUCCAGUGGGUAGCAAGUGAAGCCUGGGUGACCGCUACCCUCUUGACCUCACCCGACUUCCACCCUCUCCUAGAGGGCACACUGGGCUUCUCAUUCCCAGGAGUCAGAAUCCCUGGCUUGAAAGAGUUCCUGUUGAAUGUCCGCCCCUCUCCCGAACCAGGGAUGGACUUUGUCAACAUGUUCUGGGAAGAGCUGUUUGGCUGUAGGCUAGAGUUCGUGAAUGAAGCAACCACUCCUGUCUGCACAGGUUCAGAGGAUCUGACGUACACUGACAGCAGUUAUACUGAUGUAUCUCAGGUCAGAAUAUCCUAUAAUGUGUACAAAGCUGUAUAUGCCAUCGCCCAUGCUCUGCACAUUUUACUGAAAUGUGAUUCAGGAGUUAACAUGGGAAUGUGUGAAAAAUAUAAAUCAUUUACUUCUACGCAGUUGCUGGAUCAUCUGAAGCGAGUAAAUUUCACCACUCAGUUUAAGGAGAAGGUGUAUUUUGACUCCAAUGGCGAACCGGUCCCUUUGUAUGACAUCAUUAACUGGCAGAAGGACAGCAACGGGGAAAUCAGAUUUAUCAAAGUGGGAAGCUAUGAUGGUUCAGCUCCACUGGGACAACAGCUGCAGAUGGAGCACAGCACCAUUGUAUGGGCAAAAGGACAAUCACAGGUGCCUGUAUCUCAGUGCAGUGCUCCAUGCCCCUCUGGCACCAGGCAGGCCAGGCGUCCGAGAGAGCCUCACUGCUGCUUUGAUUGUUUGCCCUGUGCUGAUGGAGAGAUCAGCAACCAGACUGGUUCUACUGAGUGCACAAAAUGUCCUGAGUUUUACUGGUCAGACAGAGACAAGGUGAAAUGUAUUGCCGGGGUUGAAGAAUUCCUGUCCUUCCAUGACACCAUGGGCAUCAUCCUGGUUGUACUCACCCUGCUAGGUGUCGUUCUUACAACCAUCAUCACCACUAUCUUUCACCGUUUCCGCUCUACACCCAUCGUCAGGGCCAACAACUCAGAAAUAAGCUUCUUACUUCUCCUGUCACUCAAGCUCUGCUUCUUGUGUUCCCUGGUGUUCAUUGGCCAACCAUCUGUGUGGACAUGCAGGCUCCGCCAGGCAGCAUUCGGGAUCAGCUUUGUGCUCUGUCUGUCCUGCCUCCUUGUUAAGACCAUUGUAGUUCUCUUGGCCUUCCAGGCAAAUGCACCUGCUUCCAGGGCUCUGAAGCUGUUUGGGCCUGCUCAACAGAGAACUCUGAUCCUCUGCACUACAGCUCCUCAGGUUUGCCUCUGCGCUGGCUGGGUGCUGGGUGCACCUCCAUUCCCAUUCAGGAAUCCAGCCUAUCAAGCCUCAACUGGAAAAAUUGUUGUGGAGUGUAAGGAGCCAUGGCCUCCCGGAUUUUACCUGGUCCUGGGCUACAUAGGCCUACUGGCCUUCCUCUGCCUCCUCCUGGCGUUCCUCGGGCGCAAGCUACCUGAUGCGUUCAAUGAGGCGAAGCUCAUCACCUUCAGCAUGCUGAUCUUCUGGGCUGUGUGGAUCUCUUUCAUCCCAGCUCACGUCAGCUCUCCUGGAAAGUUCACAGUGGCAGUGGAAAUAUUUGCUAUAUUAGCCUCUAGUUUUGGACUGUUACUGUGCAUUUUUGUGCCCAAAUGUUACAUAAUUUUACUGCAGCCGGAAAGAAACACUAAGAAAGGCAUGACUGGAAAAUAUCCCAGAUGA